AGGUCCCGCCGGCCGGCCGCCCGCCCCACCUUGCCUGCGCCCGCCCCGAGCCAGCGGUUCUCCACUCACCCCGCAUCCAGUGAGACGCGCCGCGCACCGACGCCGACGGAGCGGACAUGGGCAGAGCGAUGGUGGCCAGGCUGGGACUGGGGCUGCUGCUUCUGGCGCUGCUCCUACCCACGCAGAUUUAUUCAAAUCAAACAACUGUUGUAACGCUUUCGAGUAACCCCUCCCAGAAUACCUCGACCGCCCCAAAUCCAGCUAAUGCCACCACCACACCAAAUGGCGGUGCUCUCCAGUCAACAGCCAGUCUCUUCGCGAUCUCGCUCUCCCUUCUACACCUCUACUGUUAAGAGACUCAGGCCAAGAAACAUCUAUACUUCCCCAUCUUCUAAACCUAAUCCAAAUGGCGUCUAGACAUCUGGUGUGACGAGGAAAAAACAGGUCUUCAGUGAAUCUGCUGAUUCCACACCUUAUUUUAUUGACCCAGAAAAUGUUGAGGAUCCCAAAUUCGAUUGGUUUGAAGAACAUGUGAAGGGUUUGACUAGAUGAUGAAUGUCUGUUAAAUCUACUGGAGUUUCAUGUACAAGAUGAAG